CUUAGCUCUGAAUCCUUCGUCCCCAGGGCCUGGCUGGCCUGAGUCUGGCCCUCCCACCAUCCGCUCCCCCAGAUCUGGGUGCUAGGAUGAUCCUGAAAACUAGUAAAGCCUCAGGGCUUGAGCUGCCCGAGUCUGGGAGGGCAGGGGACAGCUGGGGAAGGGCCAGGUAGGUCCUGGGAUCUGCAGGCUGGGCAGGCUGGGACGAUAGUCCCUUGCUUGAGGAUCAGACACAGGUGCAGAAGCUUUGGAAGGCCAGGAUGAUGGUGAGUGAGGGAGGCUGGCAGUGGGGGGUCCUCUCCCCAAGCUCCCUCCCCAGGUUCCUCUGGAUGCCCUCCCUGGGUCCUGGGGUUUGGCUGGGCAGCAGACGGACGGGAGCCCAGGGCUUCUCUUCAGCCAGCUUCGGGCCGGGAAGGAGGUUCCCAGUGGGCUGACUUAGCCACUCCCUGCUCCUCCCGAGGCUCCCGGCUCCCCGGCAGAUGGCUCCAGGGACCUGCUGCAUGACAAACAAACUCCACGGAGCCGGAGCUGAAGGGCAAGGAGGCUGGUGGGCUAGCGGGGAGGCCCGAGCUGCCCCAACGGCCGAGCGGCGCCCCUGAGGGAUGGGGGAAGAGAGUGGCCAGGCCCAGGAUGCCCAGGAGGGCGCAGAAGCUGUGGCCCGAGGCAGCCGGGAUGACAGCUCUCCCCAGGAACUGUGCCACCUGCUGAGAACCAUGAUCAGCAAAUCCCCUCUGUGCAUGUGCCCUGCAGGCUGGAAGCUGCUGGCCAUGCUGGCUCUGGUCCUGGUCGUCAUGGUGUGGUAUUCCAUCUCCCGAGAAGACAGAUACAUCGAACUUUUUUAUUUUCCCAUCCCCGAGAAGAGGGAGCCGUGCCUCCAGGGCGAGUUGGCGAGCAAGGCCUCCAAGCUCUUUGGCAACUACUCCCGCCAUCAGCCCAUCUUCCUGCAGCUUAAGGAUUAUUUCUGGGUCAAGACACCGUCUGCCUAUGAGCUGCCCUACGGGACCAAGGGGAGUGAAGACUUGCUCCUCCGGGUUCUGGCCAUCACCAGCUACUCCCUGCCGGAGAGCAUCCAGAGCCUCAAGUGCCGCCGCUGUGUGGUGGUGGGGAACGGGCACCGGCUGCGCAACAGCUCACUGGGAGAGGUCAUCGACAAGUACGACAUGGUCAUCAGACUGAACAAUGCCCCGGUGGCCGGCUAUGAAGGGGACGUGGGCACCAAGACCACCAUGCGCCUCUUCUACCCCGAAUCCGCCCAUUUCAACCCCAAAGUGGAGAACAAUCCAGACACCCUCCUGGUCCUGGUAGCAUUCAAGGCGAUGGACUUCCACUGGAUUGAGACCAUCCUGAGCGAUAAGAAGCGGGUACGAAAGGGUUUCUGGAAACAGCCUCCCCUCAUCUGGGAUGUCAACCCAAAGCAAAUUCGCAUUCUCAACCCCUUCUUCAUGGAAAUCGCAGCGGACAAACUGCUGAGCCUGCCAAUGCAACAGGCUCGCAAGAUUAAGCAGAAGCCCACCACAGGCCUGCUGGCCAUCACUCUGGCCCUCCACCUCUGCGACUUGGUGCACAUUGCCGGUUUUGGCUACCCCGAUGCCUACAACAAGAAGCAGACCAUUCACUAUUAUGAACAGAUCACACUCAAGUCCAUGGUGGGAUCAGGCCACAACGUCUCCCAAGAGGCCCUGGCCAUCAAGCGGAUGCUGGAAAUCGGUGCAGUCAAGAACUUGACUUACUUCUGACUUGGGCCAGAGCUGGUCACCAUCUGCCCAGUCUACCACCAGAGAGGCCCCCAGCUGUGGCUGUGGGGGUGCCUGGUGCCAGCCUGACCCCCUUGGAGUCACCAUCCCCUGCUUGGGGAGAGGAUCUUGGGAAGGGCCAGGGCUAUGUGCGGCCGGGCCCCAGCUGCCCUGGUGGAGCCCAGAUCCAGUCAGGGUGGAGGCCCUGGGGCCAUGGGAGCCGGCCCAGGACUGGGGCUUGUUGCCGUGGUACCCCUUCUCUGUCAGCGCCGUGAGAUUAUUUAAUGGGCUAUUUAAUUAAGGGGUAGGAAGGUGCUGUGGGCUGGUCCCAUGGCCUCCAGAAAGGGGGCAGAGUAGUACUCUGCCCUCUUUUUAUACAAACACUCAUGGGGUGAACCCACUGAGGGCUAGACCUAGAACAGGCUUCCCAGGUGGGUAGAGAAGUCUAGAGGGGUGGGUGCCCUCCAGUGAGGGGCUGCUACCUCCCAGCGGGCAUGGGAAGAGCACCAGUAGGGGGACUCCAUGCAAAAGGGAACCCCACCUCAAAAAGAGGUUGCAAACCUACCAUUAAACUAUUUUUUCUAUAAUGGAA